CUGGCCGAUAGCCUUCGUUCGUUGUACCCUCCCUUUCCAAUGGCCUCACUACAUGCCCCUGCGUGCCUCAUUCCCAAGCUGGACCAGGUACGUUUUGCCGAGACUCGAAUGAGAAUUCAACUGCCAUCCUGGGAUCCCUGGUCGCUGUUUGCUGUCUCUUUGUGCAAAGGUCGGCUGCCUUGGGUCCCCAUCCACUUCGGCCAACGGCAGACAAACCAAUCCCUACCAAAAGGGCUGUGGCUGACUACACUGUCCAUUUGGCUCGCGGGACAUGGUCCUGACUGGCUUCCUAGACGGGUAGGGCGGGUCUCUGUUGCGAACACUCACCUUGCCCAAGGUUUGGUAGACUAUUUGUGUCAAUCUUCUGGGUCUUCAGGGCAGUGUAUCUCCACAGAUAUAGGGAAGUGUCCGCCAGACUCAUGAAUCAAACAAGAUCCUCAGGUCCCGACUCGUCUAUAACCGUUUGGCGGUAUUCGAUUAAACUUGACUAUUCGCAGGGUGGCCGUUGCGCUAUUCUGCUCCCGAUUCCCACGGCUGCCCAAUCAGACCGGCAACACUCGUCUGAUUCGGACCAUUUCAUCUCCUUUUAAUUCUCGACAUAUCGCUUCCUCCAGACCUGGCGUUACAAUCUCCAAGGGCUCUGCGCAUCUCAGCUUUUUGUCCUUGAUCUCUCACUGGAGGAUCUCUCUUGCCAGGCGACCACGCUUUGCUUCUGCGGAUCCCUCCCCUUUGCGCCCGGCCUUACGUACUGGUCGGGCUGGAAGAAAUCCACGUCAAUGCGAGGACUGCCCAAAGGUACUUGAAUGAUGUCGGUCGCCACAGAGAUCAUCCAUCAGACCAACAGUGAAAUCAUCCAAAUUGUCGCCAUGUCCGAGUCGGGCAGUGAAGCAAGCAAGGCAGCAAAGAAGAGAGAAUACAAUCGCAACGCCCAACGAGUGUUCCGCCAGCGGCGCAAGGAACACUUGAGCAAACUUGAAGCCGCCCAGCGCGAACUGAACAGUAUCCAGGUGGAAGAGGUCGAGCGACUUCGCCGCGAGAACCAGGCACUCGCUCAAGAGAAUGAGUCCUUGAAGGCCGCCUACGGGUCGCAAGCCAGCUCACCGGGCCCGACAAUGAGCCCUGGUGAGGUCAGAGGAUCUCCUUCGGGUUACAUGGCAUAUGGAGCUGCGCCUGGUGGCUACCUGGGUCCAGUUUCCGGAGCUCCUUCAUACGUCCCUGGCCCUGUUCCAGUCUCGGUGCCUCAACCGGCCACGACUCCCUUAUCGAGUGCCAGCAGCGACCCCAGCACCCUCGUGGUUGUGGUGCCCAACAACAUCCGCGAAAUUCGUCGGUCACUUCACCAGAUGUUCUCCCCUCUUCUCGAGAUCCCCGUCAUUUCUAAUCCACAGACGCAUUUGGCCACUCUGGCAGCCCUGGAACCAUCACUACCGAGUUCUCUGAAGCCUUCGCCGCUCCAGCUGUCUACGCCACAUCAUGCCUAUAUAGACAUGAUCCCUUCUCCCAGUCUCAGAGACCGACUCAUUGCGAUUGGUCCUGCGAAUGCCAAUACAUUUUUAACAGAGGCUUGCACAAUAGCAUGCGACAUUGAAGAUACAGGACAGAUGAUUGUAUGGGGGGAAGAUUGGCUCAAUGAAUUUUCUUGGGAAUUUUCUGCGAGCGUUUUAGAACGCUGGGGAGGCUGGCUUCUCACCUCUGAAUGGGGUCAGAGAGCCAACUUUUGGCGACGUCAACGAGGAGUCUCGAUUCUCCCAGGCUACGACUGAUGAGUUGACGAGCAGGUUUUAGGUGCUUGUUCUCGACAGGCCCGAGGUUUGAAAAACUGUCUUGAUCUCACGGCGCAGGUCAGGUCAACGGCAGAUUGGGGACACGGUACAUUCAAUGUUGGGAUAUAUUGAUGGGACUUCAUCGCCUACAAGUUAGUUCGAUGUCUUGACGGGCAGAAGCCAGUCCUUUUCGAGUUGCAAGUUCAUCUCGCAAUCUUUCUCCAGGACAAGCCCGCCCUUCAAUUCCGUGUUGGAAACGGGCGCAGGUCGCCCUUUCGAUUCCCUUGAACUUGUCCAAGUCCAUACUGUACAACUCUUGUCUACCCCUUUAUGUAUAAUAAUGGAAAAAAAAGAUCCCUUUCCUGCUUGCUAUGGUGCAACAUCGGAUCUGGCCCUCGACUGGUGGAACAUGUCAUGGAGGUCUCGUGCUGCAUGAGGAACUCGCGUCGCAUUUAUCGCGGAAAGGACUGGAGAGCGUCUUUGAGACGGCGACUGUAGGUCUGUGGAGAUUCCGAGUCCAGUCACCACGUCCUGGAUGAUGGCGGGAUGUCCCUGCAAAAUCAGGCCGUCAGUGAUGCUCAACAUGAGGAAGGAAGGAGAUGGCCAUUUCAAGGUCCUAUUCUGUGAUCAAGUGCUCUCGAAAAGCGCAGUUGCACGCGUUUUGAAACAAAUUCGUUUGGGUUAUCUUGGUCUGACGGAUUUUACGUACAGAACCUGCUGUUACCUUCUGCAUUACAAAUCUGGCACACUCAUCAUGCUGAAAGUUGCGCGACAUCAUGAAUGACGAAACGGCCUGUUUUUCCACGUCAAUAGUACCAUAUGGAUUGAGCGAAGGGCCCUGUUGUCCAAAGAUCGGGCCCAAUUCGAGUCAUGGCUGGAGUUCGCGAGAGGACAAUCCGUUGGCAGCAAGAAAAGAUUUUGCUCGACCGAUUCUGGACCAGCCGACGGAUCUCCAGGUCUCAGAUGGAGGCAAGGCCAUUAGAUCUGAGGAUUUAUCCAUCCAGUCAAUCCUGCCUAUGCUUACCUGGACGAAUAUUGACCGUCUCCGGCCAGAUCAACAAGACCUUCGACCGGGCUAAGCACUGGCGGCCCAGACAACACCAAAGCUCACCCCGUUAGUCAAUGAGGCAUUAAUCCUCCUAUCUCAGUGGAAAGGACCCGUACCUGGUGCAGCACGCUAAGAAUUACAACGGACCGGUUCGAAGAGAUGCUCCUAUCAGCUGAUAUUGAUCGAGAACGUCUAGGAGAGACGUGGCUUAAAUGCUCCAUUGGAAGACCACGUCAACUGCCCAGGGAAGAGGGCGAUGGGCUGGAGGAGACGCCCAGUCAGAUACCAGAAUUCAGACUGGACCAUUUAUGGACAGUUGAUUUGAUCAAUGGUAUAUCGACCAUUGAGCCUUAAGCAGGACUAGAUGGUCCAAUCAACGUCAUGUAUCUCGACCUGCCGCUUUAGUACAGCCCUUGUGUCCUUUCCCGUCGCGACUCCAACAUUCAUCAUGCCAUUUCACCAAGACAUUUUCAGCCUUUGCGUUUUCUUCACUUUU